UGAAGCGCUAGCGGCCGAAAUGAAGUUCAAUCCCUUUGUGACUUCUGACCGAAGCAAGAACCGGAAAAGGCAUUUCAAUGUGCCUUCCCACAUUCGCAGGAAGAUUAUGUCUUCCCCUCUUUCUAAAGAGCUGAGACAGAAGUACAAUGUCCGAUCCAUGCCCAUCCGAAAGGAUGAUGAAGUUCAAGUUGUAGGAGGGCACUACAAAGGGCAGCAAACUGGCAAAGUAGUCCAGGUUUACAGGAAGAAAUAUGUCAUCUACACUGAACGAGUGCAGCGGGAGAAGGCUAAUGGCACGACUGUCCAUGUGGACAUUCACCCCAGCAAGGUGGUUAUCACCAGACUAAAACUGGACAAAGACCGCAAAAAGAUCCUUGAACAUGAAGCCAAAUCUCACCAAGUAGGAAAGAAAAAGGGCAAAUAUAAGGAAGAAACAAUUGAGAAGAUGCAGGAAUGA